GCAAAGAAAAAAUAAAUUCUAAAAUGGAUUCCAUAGUUAUGAUGAGGAAUUCAUUUCUAUUUAUCUCUUGCUUUAUCUUCUUCAGCUUAGGGUUCUUAAAAGCUCAAAAGACUCCAGCUAUUUAUGUGUUUGGAGACUCACUUGUUGAUGUUGGCAAUAACAAUUACUUGACUCUUUCCCUUGUAAAAGCAACUCUUCCUCACUAUGGCAUUGAUUUUCCAACUAAGAAACCAACUGGGAGGUUUAGCAAUGGCAAAAAUGCUGCUGAUUUGAUUGCUGAAAAAUUAGGCCUUGCUACGUCACCUCCUUACCUCUCACUAGUAUCUAAGAUCAAUUUCAACAAGAAGAAUGUAUCAUUCUUGGAUGGUGUUAACUUUGCAUCUGGGGGUGCUGGUAUAUUCAAUGGCACAGAUGAAAAUUUUAGACAAUCAAUACCUUUGACAAAGCAAGUGGACUAUUAUUCACAAAUGCAUGAAAAAUUGACACAACAAACAGAAGCAUCUAUACUUCAGAAUCAUCUCUCAAAAUCCAUAUUUGCUGUUGUGAUUGGAAGCAAUGAUAUAUUUGGUUACUUUAAUUCAAAGGAUCUUCAAAAGAAAAACACUCCACAACAAUAUGUGGAUUCCAUGGCUUCCUCACUAAAAGUGCAACUACAGAGAUUAUACAACAAUGGUGCAAGGAAAUUUGAAAUUAUUGGUGUUAGUACAAUUGGAUGUUGUCCUUCAUUGAGGCUCAAGAACAAAACUGAAUGUUUUUCAGAAGCCAAUUUAAUGUCAAUGAAAUAUAAUGAAGUCCUUCAAUCCAUGUUGAAGGAAUUGAAAUUGGUGAACAAGGACUUAAGUUACUCAUACUUUGAUACUUAUGCUGCCCUCCAAGACCUAAUUCAAAACCCAAAGUCUUAUGGAUUUGCAGAUGUGAAAGAUGCUUGUUGUGGACUUGGUGAAUUGAAUUCUCAAUUUCUGUGUACACCAAUUUCAAUCAUUUGUUCUAAUAGACAAGACCAUAUAUUUUGGGAUCAAUUUCAUCCUACUGAGGCAGCCACACGCACUUUUGUGGAUAAACUUUAUAAUGGACCUUCAAAAUACACAUCUCCUAUUAAUAUGGAACAACUACUAGCUCUUUGAAUUGUUAAAUAGUAUUAAACUAGUCCCUUCAAUUCCUUCAAUUAAGAAAUAUUCUUGAAGAAAUUAGUCUAUGUAGUUGUUUGAGGAUACUCUAAAAAAUAUUGCUAGAAGGAGAAAUGUGCAAUGGUAUUAUG